GGAGAGAUCACAGUUGUAUUCCAACUUUCCUGCCGGCAACAGCCGCGUGUUUACAUCAACAACGGGUUUAUUGUUGAAGGCCGAAUCAGUACCGAGCCAGACCUCGUAGUUCAGAUACCUCAAGUACUGUCUAAUCCAGUUUAUACCAAGUUCAAGUACUAAUUACAUUACACAAAAUUAUUCUUCAUUUUUUUCGACUUUUUAUUGUUAAAGAUGCAGUAUGAAUGGAACGACAGAAACGCAUAACGUGAGAUCAAUUUGCAUUAUUCUCACAGUAAGGAAUAGAAGCUAACCGUUUAAUUGUCACGUCAUUUAUUGUUAACAAUUAUUUAACUUGAACGUGGAUUGUCGAAUGGUGUGUGUUCAACACCAGGUGACUAAUUGAGCAUACUGAACAGUCAAAGUGAUUUAUUAGAUAAUAGUGAUAAUAAAAAAAUAAGAAAAAAUAAUAAUAGCAAAUAGAAGGACAAGUUUAUUUGAUUCGCGAUGAAAUUGUCAUUUCUGGUGAUUAUGGUAUGCAGUGGCUGCUGUAUGUCCCUUCCAUCAACAAUAAUUCCGACUUCCACCCGGAAUUCCUCAAACUUGAGCAAGAAAACGACCUCUCUUGCGAAUAUCACGGCCUCUCCGUUAGCAACGCGUGCUAAAGCCUCUGAAAAUGCCAUUACCACUGACUCGAUGAGCACUAGUAGCACCAGCAUCUCUGGAAUCACUGCCAGUGGUGCUGGUACUGGUACCAGCAAAAGCAAUAGCAAUACUGAUAAUAACAAUAGCUACGGCAGUAACAGCAGCACCAGUCCCAGUAGCAGCAGCAGUUAUAGUGCCGGUGCGAGUACAAUUGCUUAUAAGAAAAUUCAGCUGGAACAAGUUCAAGUUACUUCGCCUAGCCCGUUAUCAUCCAAAGAGACUCGUGAGUCGCCACCCAGCAAAAUUCGACCGCAGAUAAAGCUUCACAUAAAUUACACCAGUGUCGGCGAGACUGGAGUACGAUUGCCAGAAGGUGCAAGCGCAGCGCUGGCCAAGCCGACAAAAUAUCAUUAUUACCCACAUAAUCAGCAUAUGUAUUUAUUACCAGAAUGCGCUGUUCAACAAGUGUGUAAUGCAGUUUAUGUUAGAUUGAAUUUUACUCAACCAUUAUGUGCUUGUCCAGGCAGAUAUCGGGAUCCUUGUAGUGCAUCGCUUGAUGCCGAUGAUCAGCAUACUACGGAACUGGUUACUGAUCCACAUACCAGGGCAUUGACAUUAGUUAAGACAUGUGAACCAGUUGCUGAAAUGCGAGAAUGUAGAAUGCCGAGAGACUGGUCAUUACUUGCGUUACAAAAUGUAAGAACUGGAAAAUCGCAUUACCUAGUUAUCUGCAAAUGCCCAGAAACAAAUAUCCUAGAGGGUCCUAUGAGUCACGAUCAACCUACAUACGCUAGUGUUCCGGGUAUCAGCGUCUUCGGAAUGAUGUGCGUUCAAGGAGCCAGAAAAGGACGCCCGUUACGACAGACACGUAAUCUUCUCGGUAUUGACACAAUUGAAGACGAUUUUGAAAAUUAUAAAUCGACAUUCCCAUGGCACAGAGUACCAGAAUUACUAAAAUCAGCAAAUUGGAAUUAACAAUCGUGAUUUUUU